AUGAAGAAAAAAGAUAAAAAUAUUUUUCGAGAAAUUGCAAACAUCCANUAAAUUUUCUCUUUUAUAAUCCUAUAUUCAGUAAAUUCUUUUUUUUUUUAUUGA